CCCGUGACGUCACCGGCUGGGUGAGCUCUGGACCUUUAAAUCCCAGCUCGCGCCUGCAUUCUGACACAACGAGUACGAAUUUGUCAAGUCUUGUGAAGUCAGUGCACAGAAUGGAUACGAUCCAGGAUGAAAACGCAAUUCUCAAGGAAGGGUUUCUAGUGAAAAGGGGCCACAUUGUGCACAACUGGAAGACGCGCUGGUUCGUUCUCUUCCCGGACAGGCUUCUGUACUACAGAUACGAAGGAGGGAAGCGGGAGUCCUGUCCCAGGGGCAAGGUCUUCCUCGCGGACUGCAAAGUUACCUGUCCCUGCCUGGAAUACGAGAACAGACCGAUGGUGAUUAAAUUAAAGACACAGAAAUCGACGGAGUAUUUCCUUGAAGCGUGUUCUCGGGAGCAGCGUGACACAUGGGCGUCCAGCAUCACAGCGGCUAUCCACACGCUGCGCCCCGCGCAGGCUCCGAAACCAGAUCCGGAGCACUCGCCCAUAGAGCUGCACAACGUCAGCUUGAGCCAGGUGGCGGAUUCAAUGCAUGACAUUCACAGUGGGAUCAAACUAAUGAACCACAUAGAACAAGGCAGCUCUUUCAAGAAGUGUUUCACAGGCUCUGCUCUGGUCGACUGGUUGGUCUCGCUCAAUUUCGUGGUGACUCGUUUUGAAGCGGUGACGCUGUCCUCCGCGCUGAUGGAUGAGAACUUUGUGAAACCCAUAGGGAUUAAGAGUAUCGAGGCGAUCAGGAGCGGGGAGCUGUCCGAUCAGUUUCUCGACGACUCUACGGCGCUAUACACCUUCACGGAGCGCUACAAGAGGAAAGCCAGCGUGAAGCAUGAAGUCAGUCUCUCGGCAGUGGAGCUCAGCGGAAGAGUUGUGAUUCAGGGAUAUUUACUGAAGCAGGGACACAACAGAAAAAGCUGGAAGGUUCGGCUGUUCAUUCUGAGGGCGGAGCCUGGUUACCUGCAUUACUAUGAUCCCUCCCGCGACGACCAUCGGCCAGUCGGAGGAUUUCCACUGCGGGGCUGUCUCGUCUCGGCACUCGAAGACAACGGAGUUCACUCGGGAGUGAAGGGGAAGCUGCAGGGCAAUCUGUUCAAAAUAAUAACUCAGAACGACAUCCACUACUACAUCCAGGCCACCUCCAAGGAAGAGAGGCUGGAAUGGAUCAGCGCCCUGAAGCAGCUGACGUGUUAGCAGGACGAGAAGAUUUCAGGGCUGGGACAGUGACGUGAUGUGUGUGUAAGGAGCAGUGUUGUGUGAUGGUGAAAACCGUCUCUGCAGUACAGCGGGUAAAAAGCAACUUGUUACGGAUGUGAAAUAUCCCAGUAAUCGUAACUAACGUCUACUUCUAGAUUCACUUUGUAUCGUUUUCUGUUUCUGUUCUUUCCUUGGCUGAAUGUCUUGCCGGUGCUGUCUGAUGUAUUUCUUAAAUCCAUUACAGGAUAGAUGUUGAAGGGGGGCAGGUUCAUGGUUUCACUCUGGUGUACCAAAGGCACUUGGAGAUUAGACAUGCAUUCAUAUAGGAGUGAUGUGUUAAUUAAGCCCAGUUGUUAGCCUAGCUUUCUUUAAGGAAUACAGCCCAGUAUCUCCAAUAACUGCUUCUGGAAUCAGAAUUACUUCUUGGUACUUGCCCUGAUUAUUUUGCUAUGCAUUCUGUGAGUGUACAAUUAAUGAAUAAUGCUCAUACUAAAUGAGCAGCUGUAGAAAGGUUUUUAAUUAACAUAUUUAUACAUAUACAGACUAUACUCAUUUUUAUAGUACAUGUUUUUAUUGUAUCUUUGUACACUGCCCUGUGAACCAGUGCUUGUAGUUCAUAUUGUAUCCAUCGUCAAACGCUUUUAAUGUCAUUUCAAUGGGGCCCAGCAGAAAUAGUGACAAUGAGAGCUGACUUCAUAAGUUCAUAAACCUGCUAAAACAUAUUUACUGUGUGAAACUCCACAUACAGUACUGUUGUGAUCACAAUACUGUAUUUAUUUAUGUAUUCAUUAUUCAGUGUUCUACCAUUAUGAACGUUGUAACACCACGGAAGCCAGAACAUUUCAAUAAACACCUUUAACCUGCAAGCUCUCCAAUCGUGUGCUCGCAUUUCAAUAAACACCUUUAACCUGUAACUACAUGCAAGCUCUCCAAUCGUGUGCUCGCAUUUCAAUAAACACCUUUAACCUGCAACUACAUGCGAGCUCUCCAAUCGUGUGCUCGCAUUUCAAUAAACACCUUUAACCUGUAACUACAUGCGAGCUCUCCAAUCGUGUGCUCGCAUUUCAAUAAACACCUUUAACCUGCAACUACAUGCGAGCUCUCCAAUCGUGUGCUCGCAUUUCAAUAAACACCUUUAACCUGCAACUACAUGCGAGCUCUCCAAUCGUGUGCUCGCAUUUCAAUAAACACCUUUAACCUGCAACUACAUGCGAGCUCUCCAAUCGUGUGCUCGCAUUUCAAUAAACACCUUUAACCUGUAACUACAUGCGAGCUCUCCAAUCGUGUGCUCGCAUUUCAAUAAACACCUUUAACCUGCAACUACAUGCGAGCUCUCCAAUCGUGUGCUCGCAUUUCAAUAAACACCUUUAACCUGCAACUACAUGCGAGCUCUCCAAUCGUGUGCUCGCAUUUCAAUAAACACCUUUAACCUGCAACUACAUGCGAGCUCUCCAAUCGUGUGCUCGCAUUUCAAUAAACACCUUUAACCUGUAACUACAUGCGAGCUCUCCAAUCGUGUGCUCGCAUUUCAAUAAACACCUUUAACCUGCAACUACAUGCGAGCUCUCCAAUCGUGUGCUCGCAUUUCAAUAAACACCUUUAACCUGUAACUACAUGCGAGCUCUCCAAUCGUGUGCUCGCAUUUCAAUAAACACCUUUAACCUGCAACUACAUGCGAGCUCUCCAAUCGUGUGCUCGCAUUUCAAUAAACACCUUUAACCUGCAACUACAUCCGAGCUCUCCAAUCGUGUGCUCGCAUUUCAAUAAAUACCUUUAACCUGUAACUACAUGCGAGCUCUCCAAUCGUGUGCUCGCAUUUCAAUAAACACCUUUAACCUGUAACUACAUGCAAGCUCUCCAAUCGUGUGCUCGCAUUUCAAUAAACACCUUUAACCUGUAACUACAUGCGAGCUCUCCAAUCGUGUGCUCGCAUUUCAAUAAACACCUUUAACCUGUAACUACAUGCAAGCUCUCCAAUCGUGUGCUCGCAUUUCAAUAAACACCUUUAACCUGUAACUACAUGCAAGCUCUCCAAUCGUUUCUCCACAUCAUAAGAGGCGUGGAAAUCAUCUGCAUCGCUGAUAGAUACUGAUAUUAUCAGGAGUGUGAUAAUCAAGUCGUAUGGAGCUGGUGCCUAUUGACUCCUACUAUUAUAUUAUCAUUCUUCUGUCAAUAUGUAGAUGAUAAGCAGAAAAGGACAAUCAUUAACUGGAUUCAUUUUAAACAGAUUUGACUGUAUAUGUGGUCAUUGUAUAUUUUUUUUGUAAUAGAUUUGUAAUUGUUUUGUAUUACAUGAUAUGCACCUUUACACAAAAAUAAAAUGUAAUAAUAUCACCUGUAA